AUGGAAGCCUUACCCACACCUCCACCGCCAACACCAGCACUUUCUGGGCAUUACCCACACCUCCACCGCCAACACCAGCACUUUCUAGGGGCAUUACCCACACCUCCACCGCCAACACCAGCACUUUCUAGGGGCAUUACCCACACCUCCACCGCCAACACCAGCACUUCCGAGAGACAUUACCCACACCUCCACCGGCGACACCAGCACUUCCAAGAGACAUUACCCGCACCUCCACCGCCAACACCAGCACUUCCAAGAGACAUUACCCGCACCUCCACCGCCAACACCAGCACUUCCAAGAGACAUUACCCGCACCUCCACCGCCAACACCAGCACUUCCAAGAGAUAUUACCCACACCUCCACCGCCAACACCAGCACUUCCGGGAGACAUUACCCAUAACAAAUACUCUCAGGAGACAUUGCAUCAGGCAUUCAAUCCACCACUCCACAAUAUAGUAUCCAAGUAA